CAAGUAAUAAAAUCAACUUUUUUUUUCUCCCUUUGUGUUCUUCUUUCAAAGACUUUUACCCGUUUGGCGUGCAACAAUUAGAUCUUUCUAUGCCAAGAGAUGAAGAGUUAGCUUCAGUUAAAAUCACCAUUCCAUAUUCCUUACCGUUCGGAAGUGAAAUCUAUGAUGCAUUAUGGAUAUCAAUCAACGGCCUAAUUAGUUUUGGAUACGAUAAUUCCAGUUUCUCACCAAAACAUCUUCCUGUCAACAAGUAUUCCAAAUUGCUUGCAGUUUAUUGGUCAGAUUUAGAUCUUCUGAAAGGAGAUACAAUUGCAGAGAUUUACUAUCAGCUCUACUCUAAAAAUGCUGCAAAAAAUAAAGACAUAUUGGACAAAGCAAACUUGGAUGUCAUGACAAACUCCAAUGAGCUGACCUCUUAUGAUGCCACUUAUGUUCUUGUAGUCACAUGGGUAGAAGUACCAGCCCAUCUAAGUAAUGAUGAAAGAGUCUCCUUCCAAUGUGUGAUCAUCACUGAUGGCUUCACAACAUUUGCCCAGUACAGAUACACAAAUGGAGGGAUGAAAUUUAACCCUGCGCUGGCCAGACCUGUAGUGGUUGGAUGGGGAGACACAAACUUUGAUACUCAAAUCUCCAGCUAUUACGUCUUUGAUACUGUUCUAGGCAAUACAAAAACCCAAUCACUUGGUUACUGGUUUUUUAAAGUUGGCGGAAGUGAGAACUUUCAAGCCAGGUGUCAGAAUUGGUAUCAAAAUAACAUUGUCGAAAAAACAAACUUGCAAUCAGGGUUGGACAGAUUGCCUAACUGUCCCUGCAGUGAAUUAAUUGCUGAGUUUAGUGCUCUAUGGAACAAAACCACACAGAACCAUUGUUAUGACACUGUUGCCAACUAUGGAGAUUUUGGAAUGAGGUGUUGUUACAGAGAAGGGGGAAACUUUGAAAAUCGGCCUCGACUAGCUGGCUCCUUUCAAAGGUACAAUUCUCUUGGAAAAAAUCCUUAUGGACAUGCUUUGAAUGAUGAACUGCCUUAUUUCUGGUGUUGUCAGCAAUCCAACUUGUGUGAGAAGUACUAUGAACUUAGACCAAUCAGCACUUGUAAUUCAAACUCAUUUCAAAGAGCCCUGUUGUUUGGCGACCCACACAUUAUUACACUAGAUCAGAGGUCAUUCAUAUUCAACGGUCUCGGGGAGUACAGACUUUUAGAAAUCACGCAACUUUCAGUUGUAAAUUUUAUUAUGCAGGGUCGUACAUGCAGAGCAAUGUUUAACAAUGGAAGUCUGAUCAAUUCUGCUACCAUUUGGUGUGCCUUGACGUUCCGCACUACAUUGAAGGACACCUUCAGUAUUGAAAUGAAUAAAAACAGAACAUCACUAAUUUUGUAUGUCAAUAAAGAGGACAUCAGCAGACGCCUAGAUGGAAAUUACUAUUAUAAUAAAAUUGAUGGCAUGAUUGUUAAAAAAGAAGCAGGCAUUCUUCAAGUUGUGACAACUGAUUAUAUCAGUGUUAAUUUUAUAAUGAACAAUCAAAUGUUGGAGUUUUCUGUUGAUCUACCACUCAUGUAUCAAAAAUUGACCAAGGGACUGCUGGGAAAUUUCAAUGGCAACAGUGGCGAUGAUUUCAUAUUUCCCAACGGAACAGUGUUGUCCAAUAACUCAAGAGAAAGUGUCCUGUUCGACUAUGGGAACUCUUGGAGAGUGGUUGAUUCCAUUUUUACCUACAGCUAUGGUCAAAACACAUCAACUUAUUCUGAUCCUCUCCACAAACCUCUUUUUUUGGAUGAGAAUCCGCAAUAUGUGGAUGACGCUGCUAAGGUGUGCAAUGGAAUACGCAACUUACCCUGUAUAUUUGAUUACAUUGCAACACGGAACAUACAAGUGGCCCAAAGCUCUCUGAAUGCCAGCACUAACCAAGAGACUAUUGUUAAAGUCAAAGAGGAUGUGCCUCCAUCAUUGUCAACACCCAAUCAAACUUUUGUGAGAGACAACAGCACAUUCACCAUCUCAGUGCCAGGUCAAAGCUCCAGGGAUCAGAAUGUCACCUGCCAGAAAAUUAGCGGCUCUAACUACACAGUGUCCACUGUCAAUGGGUCAUCUUGUCGUGUCCAGGGAACAAUCUACAGUCCUCAACUAGAGGUCAUUGCUAUUUCAACUGUAAGCCAAACUGGCCUACAGUCAAUGGUUGUCCAGAUUCCUCUGACUCUGUGUACCUGUCAAAAUAAAGGCAUUUGUGAUUACAACAACACAAGAAAAACUAGCAAUGGUGUCUAUCUUCUUGCUUCUUGUAACUGUUCUGCAGCUUAUGCAGGUUUAAGCUGUGAAUUAGACAAAGACGGUUGUGCCUCCAGUCCGUGUCAGACCAACUGUACAGACAUCUCAGCUGACACUGAGUCUAACACAGGGAUUGCUUAUCAGUGCGGAAACUGUCUGAGAGGAUACACAUUGAACGAAAACAAAACAAAAUGUCAAGAUAUUAAUGAAUGUGACAUGAAUCCUUGUGGCUCCAAUUCCAAAUGUAUGAAUACUUUGGGCAGCUAUAUUUGUCAGUGUUUUGAUGGAUUUAGAUGGUCAGAGAAAAAUAGAAACCUUUGUGUUGAUAUCAACGAAUGUACUGAGAGUAUAAACAACUGUGUGCAGAUCUGCCUCAACACCCAAGGAUCUUACAGAUGCGAUUGUGUUUCUGGCUAUGAACUUGUACAGCCAGAGGGACUGCCACGUCCAUUCAACUGUACUCAAAUUAAAGCGCCUGAAAAUCCUUGUGUAAAUGCGACUUGUGAACAGGAAUGUCAAAAUGUUCAAAACCAAGCAGUGUGCUUCUGUAGGUCAGGAUUUCGUUUAAAAAGUGAUCGCAAGAGUUGUGAAGAUAUCAAUGAAUGUGUUGAAGGCUUAUGCUCACAAGGCUGCAACAAUACAGUGGGCAGCUAUUCCUGUUCUUGUUUUGCUGGGUAUAAACUAACUGCUAGUCAGUCCUGUGAAGAGUGUCCCGGCGCAACUUAUGGAAUCAACUGUGGCAAGACAUGCAGCUGUAGAGGCAGGGCUUCAGGCUGUGAUAAAGUCAAAGGAUGUGUAUGCCGCAGCAACUGGAGGGGAGUUAGCUGUGAAGUUGAUGUAGAUGAAUGUGUGGAAGGUCUUGCCAACUGUCGUCCAGAUCAAAUCUGUCAAAACACAAUGGGAUCAUUUGCUUGUAACUGUCCUCCAGGCUUUGUGGAAAUAAAUGGAACUUGUACAAAUAUAGAUGAAUGCAAGAAUGCUACAUUAAACUUGUGCCAACAAAUCUGUGUCGACACUCUUGGAUCUUAUGUUUGUCAAUGUCAAAAUGGAUAUACUAAAGUUAACAACAAUUGUGCUGAUAUCGACGAGUGCGCCCUGCAUACCUCUGAUUGUGAGCAACUCUGUAUCAACAAUGUGGGCAGCUACAGCUGUGCUUGUAAAGAUGGAUACACACUUAAAGAUGACAGAAAAAGUUGUUUUGAUGACUUGUUGCUGUGUACCAAUACAUACAUCAACUGUAGUCAUGGGUGUACACUAGAGAAUAAAACUGCCGUGUGUUUCUGUAAUAAAGGUUAUAGGCUGGCUAGCAACAUGAUGGAUUGUAUAGAUAUCAAUGAGUGUCAAACAGAAGUCAUCAACUGCUACAACAAUGCCACCUGCACCAAUCUCCCUGGGACGUACAGCUGUACCUGUCCUGAUGGUUUUAAACUUCAGAAUGACAGGAGAACUUGUCAACCUUGUGAUGCCUAUCACUGGGGAACAGAUUGUGCGGAGGAGUGUAACUGUUUCCCUAUAGGCACCCAAUCAUGUGAUCCUAUUCAAGGGUGUAUCUGUAGGCCAGGCUGGGCUGGAACCACCUGUCAUACAGAUAAAAAUGAAUGCUCAUUCGAUAUAACUUACUGCCCAGAAAAUUCAGAUUGCAUCAACACUUUAGGCUCAUUUUAUUGUCAAUGUCGAAGGGGAUACACUUACUCUAACAGUGCAUGCACAGAUGUUGAUGAGUGCUUGAAGUUUCCCCCUUGUGAUCAGGUAUGCGUCAACACUCCUGGAAGCUAUACCUGCUCCUGUUCAAAAGGAUUUUUUGUUGAUGGAGAUAGGUGUAGAGAUUUCAAUGAGUGCAAUGUAAGAGAACUUAAUAACUGUGACCAGACCUGCAGAAACACUUUUGGAGGCUUCGCCUGUGAAUGUUUUGAUGGAUAUGUUUUGAACACAACUUCAUGGAAUACCUGCUACUUGGAGAAUGUGACAAAAGCCUGUAAGAACAGCAGUCAGUGUGAACAUUACUGUGUACCUUCUGAUUCUGGGGAUAUGUGUCAAUGUAAGCCUGGGUAUAGACUUGCAGGAGAUAACUCUACUUGUGAAGAUAUCAAUGAAUGUGUUGGCUCUGACAGUGUUUGCAUCAAUGGCACUUGUCAGAAUAUGAAUGGCUCCUUUGCCUGCUCAUGCAAUGACAGCUUUAGACUUCUGAUUGAUGGGAAAACAUGUCAGGCCUGUGACGCCUGGACCUACGGUAAAAAUUGUAGUGGUGUGUGUACAUGUGACCGUGACAACAGCUUACGUUGUGAUCCACUGAAUGGAUUGUGCACUUGUAUACCCGGAUGGAAUGGAGACAACUGUACCCUGGAUGUGGAUGAGUGCAGUGAAACUAACCAAUGUUUAAGCAACAUGUCUACGUGUUUGAAUACGCCAGGCUCCUACAAGUGUUUAUGUAACCUGGGCUUCUAUAGCGCUAGUGACUUUUCUUGUAUAUCCUGUGAUAACUGGUACUACGGACAGAACUGUGACAGUCAGUGUGUCUGUGAAUCAGACAACACCAUGGACUGUGAUGCUGUCACUGGGCAAUGCCACUGCAAGCCUGGCUGGAAUGACACAAAGUGUGACAAGGACAUCAACGAGUGUCUCAAUGCUAGUUAUUGUCUAGGGAAUCAUCUCCAGUGUCACAAUCUGAACGGCUCGGCUGAAUGCAGGUGUACCCCUGGCUAUGAGAGAAAGCUAAAUGAGACUGCCUGUACAGAUGUAGAUGAAUGCUAUAAUCCAGUCUUGAACUCGUGUAACAACAGAACAGAAGACUGCAAGAAUACUGAUGGCUCAUUUUUUUGUGUCUGUAAGGCUGGUUACAAGCUGGAGGACAUCAGAAAUUGUGUUGCCAACUACAAAGACUAUUCUCUGACUUUAAGACUGGACUAUCCAAAUGACUUGAUCACCAAUGAUGUGUUAGAUACCAACAAAAAAGACUUUUUUGUCUUGGCUAAAGAAGUGGAGAAAACGCUAGUGAGCAUGUACAAUGGCACCAAGUCUGCUUUCCUUCCACCAAGAGUUCUACAAUUUAUCAAUGGUUCUCUCAUCGCUGACGUGUUGCUGCGGUUUGAUUUGAACUAUUCCACCAACCCAACCAAUGAUGUAGCAAUGUAUGUUCACAUUAUUCAAUCAGCUAAACAGUUUACUGUAGGAAAUGUAACAGUGGCGAUCUUGGACAUCGCUGUUAAUAAUCAACCAGUUCCUGACUCCAAUAAUUAUUGUGAUCUGUAUGAAGUACUGAAAAAAAGUUGUCCAGACAAGGAAUCCUGCCCAGAGGUCAGGGCUGCUUCUCCAUGUGAAGAGGAUGGGGUCAACAAAGACUUGAUCAUUGGCCUUUCUGUUGGUAUCCCAUUGGCUGUUGCUCUCCUUGUCAGUAUUAUAAUCAUCAGUUGUGUUUAUGUCAGAAGAAGAAAACAUUUGCCUGCUGAUCAAGCUAGCACCAGUUCUAAUGGGAGUGGUUUUAGUGUCAACAUGGUUCCUAGAAGAACUGGCCCUGCACCACCCCUGUACUCACCUGUCUACAAGUCUGAAUCUCAAUUUGAUAUUGAUAAGGACUACCUUGAGAUUCCAGGCAACAAACAAGAAAUGCAGCGUCUCUCUUGGGUAGAGACUGAGAGCUCAUCAGCAGCUCAUGUUGGAUCUGAAGAAUACUCUGAUGUUUUAGAGCCAGACUUUUCUUGGGAAAAUAUUCAACCCCAGCUAGAGGACACCAAAGAUUUUCAUAUACAAAGGCCAGUAUUUUGUGGACCAAAACAGGGUGUAAGUUAGCAAAUGUCAUCAACAUUUAUCCAACUGACAAAGUUUGCUUAUAAUUUGUUCACACUACAGAACUGACCAUGUCUCGCAGUCAUCAGUUCAUUGUAUGACACUUGUUUGCAUUAUGUUUUGUCUUCUUAAAACUGAAUCGCAUUGACAUUUGUACAUACACAUCAGUGUUUCUUUUGUUGAUGUCUUUCCAUUUCAUUGAUCUUGAAAUUUGAACUAAACUGGAUAUUUUGAAUAAAGCAAAAGUAUUAUUGAAUCUGGUUAAUCAAACAAGCUGCUUAUUCUGACUGCCCCUUUAUUGAGACCUAACAGACACAAACACUCUUUUGUUCCCCUGGCAAUCAAAUCAUUAAAUAAGAACAAUCUGGUAUAAACUUUGUCACAUGUAAAUUAUGAGUGAGUCUGGUGUGAAUGUACACUUUGGUUUCUUAUAAUUAUAAUGUUUUUUGUUCAGUGUAAUGCACAAAUUGUAAGACAUAUUUCCAUACGGACAAUAAAGAUUAGUAUUAUUAUUAUUAUUAUUAUUAUUAAUCCUUAAGCACCAAAACAAAUAAUAUAAAACAGUUGAAUCCAAAUAGGUCGACCCAAUGGUAAUCAGGGCCUAAUGAUCAAUGUGGUCCCACUGUCCAGUUAGGAUAUAACUAUAUAUAUCCAUUUCUAAUGUCACUAUUUAAGUGAGAAAAAAAAAUGUAAUGUCAGAGAAAAAACAAUUACUUUUAAUCUAACUUUUGAUAUUAUUUAUUGUAUGUCUAUAAGUAUUAAUGUAUUUUUUUUUUUUACUGUCUAUCAGUAUUUCUAUCUAUAUCAGUCAUUAACAAUAUAUGUGUCAGAAUUUAAGUCAUUGGUUAACAUGCAUGACUAAAUGCAUGAGGCGUAGGAUGUAAUCAACUUCUUUUUUGAUGUAACGUCUCUAUUAUAUAAGAUAAGAUGUUUCAAAAGGAUACAACUAAAAUGCAACUAGAUUUUAAAACUUUGCCCAAGGCAACAUAAUUCUACUCCCUUACAUGCUUGUACUACAAAUGAAACUCAAACAAUAAACCAACUCAUGUUUUGAAACAAAAAUGGAAUGAGAAAUCAUAGACCAGCACUUGCUUCAUAAAUUAGAACAGAAAAUAAGUGUGUAAUGAAAAUAAAAAUGAUAAUAAGUGUGAUACAUGCAGACAUCACCUGACAAGGCAAAUAAGACAAUUCAAGGCAAAGAAUCCUGUUACUAUUUUUCCCAUUAUGUGUUGUGAUAAUUAUUGUACAUGUUAUAUCUAUAUUUAUCUAUAUUUAUUGUAUAUGCUAUAACUAUAUUUAUUAGCAUUGUUACAACAUUAUGAAACAAAAGGAAUGUUUUUAUUACUAUGCAUUUGAAGAUGAAGGAAGAAUGGAUUUAAAAAAAAAUUUUUCAUAUAAUUAUAUUUUCUCCUUAAGAUGGAGCUAGUUCAUCUACUUUGUUCCUGCUGUGACCUGUAGCAGUAAGUGAGUCUAUCUAGGUGUGUGGAGGAGUUUGAGUGCAAGAGUCUUUAAUUUAAAAAGAUUUCACAAUUGUAAUCUAAGUUUAAUUAUUUAAAUGUAUUAUUCCAUAAAAAAAUGUGAUUUUGGUUUGGAAACAAAUAAUUAAAGAGACUUUCAGAACAUGACCACUACACCUCACCUCCCCCCCCCCCUUUUCAACAAGUGAUUCCUUGUUAAUUUAUGCAUCUAUGUACUGACCUAUUUUGUUUGUUAUAUAAUAUAAACUUAACAUAUAUCUACUUUCAUGUAUAUUUCAGCACAAUGUCUGUUGUUGAAAUUUAUUGUUUCAAUUUGCUACUUGGGUUAUAUUCAAUCUCCUCGAUAUUUGUUUUUAAGUAAAUAAAGAAAUUUUAAAAAGUA